UCAUGCAAAGAUAAAAGAACCAGACUCUGCAACGACCAAAACAACAUCAUUAUUGAGCUCAUUCUGAGUCACACCCACGUCCUGCCGGUAUAAGGUAGGAGCUAAAGGUGGAGUCAGCUGAGUGCAGCGACUGGAACCACAAGGACAUCUACGCUCUGCUGCUGUAUAUAUACAAGUAAAUACGACAGUGAGAUUGACUUGCUGCAUCAACUAUGGCCGGUUUGAUGGAUAACAUUCUCUCUUUUGCUGAAAGCAUCAAUCCAAUCCUCACAAUCAUCACUUCUGUUGUGAGGUUGGUAAGGAGACGCCUGGAAACCCGAGAGGAUAACCCAGAGUUCAUAGCCAUCCGUGACCGACAGAGCACCAUUUCUCGGGAGAUCCUGGACCGCAUGAUGCAAGAUGAAGCGAGAGAGAUCUAUGGACCGUCUGAAGAAUACAUCAGACAACAGUACCUUACUCUCACUGAAAUAAUGGAGAAUAUCACGAAUGCUGAGAACCCGCAACAGUUUGAGGACCAACAGCGGCGGUUCCUGGAGGCUUUCAAUCCAGAUGACAUGAGGGAUAAUCUUAAUGUUUUGUACAGGGGCAUAACUGGCGAACAGGUGUUUGGAGUCCCAUUGCUGGAAGCGUACUACAAUCAACACAGGGAAAACAGAGCAGCAAUGGAAGCCAGACUGUACGGCCUCGCUGACCUCUUCCACGCAGGUCUCAUGAUGCUGACGACACAUGUGGCCAUCACAGGGCAAGAUGAAGAUGAAUUAAGGAUGAGAUGGAAUGAAAGGGCAGAAGAAAUACAACAGAGGAUGAGAGAGAUUCUGGCAAGGUAUGACCAGAACUGACACUGAGGUGCUUCUAAAUAUGGGUCUUACCUCCUUAGGUAAGACUGUUUGAAUGAAAAGGUAAAGGGCUGUUUGAAGACUAACACACCAUAUAUAUAUAUAUAUAUAUAUAUAUAUAUAUAUAUGUAUAUGUGUG